UUUCGCAUGUGACAAACUGUUGUGUAGCCCGCCCUGAGUGUACCGUGAUGGCUAUAUCUGGCUUCUUUUGAACUAUUUUUGUUAUUAACCCUCUAAAUUCUGAAAAAAAUUUGUAACAAAUUACAUAGUGCAUAAAAUCCCAUAAACAAUGCAGAAUGAAUUUCAAAAUAAUCCUGGCAUGGAAACGGAGGAAAAUGUGAUAGCUGCAGCGUGGGCCCGUGAGAAUAUGCCAACUGAUUCAGCAGAAGAAAUUGUUCAUGCCGCUGAUGAUGGAGAGGAAGAGUCAAUUGAAGGAAAAUCGCCAAAAACGCCAAAGAAUAGACGGUGGGGAAAACAUGCAAGAAGAAGGUAUUGCAGGGCAUGGGAAGAAGAAGAGUGUUUUAUUCAGUGGUUGAUGCCAGUUGCCGGGGACGAACAGUCUGCUGCUUGCCGAUUCUGUCGUUGCACACUUCGAGCUCAUCACGCUGAUCUCAGACAGCAUUCUCAAACGGGAAAGCAUAAAAAGAACGCCGCUAGAUUCACAAAGGUGGAACCGAUUUCCUGCUUUCAUUCGCGCAGCUUCGGUGCGCAGUAUGACCCAUCACGAGAAAGGUCAAUUCUGGCACCUGCUUGUGUAGGCUUCCACAGUUCCACUGCGAGAGCAAAUUUAAAGGUGUUUCACAACUCAAUCGUGUUCAUGCAGUGUCACAUUCGCGAGUCUGAAGGUCGUAAAAUUUUAUAGGAAACUUUAUCUCCAUGAAUUCCAAGGAAGUUUUGACUGCUGCCACCCAGCUUGUAUCAUUCAUUAACAAAUCACCAUCCCCAUAUCAUGCUGUGCAAGCAUGUAGACUGAGGCUCCAGGAUGCAGGAUUCACUGAACUCAAGGAGAAAGAAACAUGGUAUCUACAUCCUAAUCAGAAGUACUUUUUCACAAGGAACCAGUCAACCCUGAUAGCAUUUGCUGUUGGAGGAAAGUAUGCUGCAGGAAAUGGCUUUACUAUGAUAGGAGCACACACAGAUAGUCCAUGUCUGAGAGUAAAACCAGUUUCAAAGAUAGAGAAGCAUGGAUAUGUGUCUGUUGGAGUGGAGACUUACGGAGGUGGGAUUUGGAAUACAUGGUUUGAUCGAGAUUUGACUGUCGCUGGACGUGUUUUGGUCAGGAAUAAUGACAAGGUGGAACAUAAGUUGGUCCAUAUUGAUCGACCAAUCAUGCGAGUCCCCAAUCUGGCCAUACAUCUCAACAGAGCAGUCAAUGAAGGCUUUGCCCCUAAUAAAGAAAAUGAGCUGAAGCCUGUUUUGGCAACAAGCAUCACUGCACAGCUGGAGAAAGUUGUUGAUGAAAGUAACAAGGAUAUUUCAGUGCCUGCUGCCUUGAAUGCGAAACAUUCCCCUGUCCUGUUAAAUCUGCUGGCAGCUGAACUUGGAUCCUCUCUAUCUGAUAUCAUGGACUUUGAGCUCUGUGUUGCUGACACACAACCUGCAGUAGUUGGAGGAGCCUUGAGUGAAUUCAUUUACUCACCACGCUUGGAUAAUCUCUUCUGCUCGUUUGGUGCAAUUCAGAGUUUGGUGGCCUCUUGUGAAACUUCCAACAGUCUUGAAGAGGAUCCCAAUAUCAGAGCUGUAAUGCUCUUUGAUAAUGAAGAGGUCGGUUCAAUGAGUGCUCAAGGUGCACAAUCGUCAUUGGCUGAAUACUUUAUGAGAAGGAUCUCUGCUGGAAGUCACCAAACAGCCUUUGAAGAGUGUGUUCCUAAGUCAUUCCUUCUAAGUGCUGAUAUGGCUCAUGCUGUCCAUCCAAACUAUGCAGAAAAGCACGAAGAAAAUCAUCGAAUUAAUCUACACAAGGGCCCUGUUCUGAAGAUCAACAGCAAUCAACGCUAUGCAACCACAGCAGUCUCUUCCACCAUUCUUAAAUUAAUUGCAGAAAAGAUUGAUGUUCCGCUUCAGGAAUUUGUGGUAAGAAACGACAUGCCUUGUGGGAGUACAAUUGGUCCCAUCAUAGCAUCAAACCUAGGAUUGAGGACAGCAGAUCUUGGUUGCCCAAUGCUCAGUAUGCAUUCCUGUCGAGAGAUGAGCUGCACAACGGGUGUCUCACAGCUUAUCCAACUCUGCAAGGCUUUCUUUGAAGACUUCCCCUCUGUUGAUGAAAGAGUGAUUGUGGACUGAAACUGAUUUUGAAGAUAAGUGCAAUUGAAUACUGCCAGAUUUUGACACAGCAUCCAACCUUACUUAAUAGCUGUUGCAUAUCUGGACUCCACUACUGACUGGCCAGAUUCUCCAUCAAUAUCUACCCCUUUUCAUAUACAUUGAUUCAGUACAAUACUUUCCACUUUUAAUUGAGUACUGAAUUAGAUAAAGCUGUAUUUUAUGUAUAUCUCUAUAUUAUGAAAUCUUUAUGAAAAUCGUUAUAUUGUCAUUUUGAUGCCUUAGCAUUACUUAUGAACUUAUUACAGUCAUGUGGUUUCUUCUUUUUGUAUGAUAUUUAUUGUUUCAAGUCGCUAUUCGUUUUGAAAUAUGUAAAAUAAUUACAUAUCACAAAUGAAAGCAAAGUGAUUAUGAGAUUACAAAACAUAGCUCAGAAAUUUAUUUGUAUGAAUGUAAUAUUCAACAAAGUGUUCAUUUGUUAUUCGUUUGUUCAUCUUGAGUUGUAAACAUAAGCUUUUCAAUCUCAUUUUCCAUCCUUAAACCCAAGAUAUAUAUUUGUCUUUCACACUAGCAAUUCUUAAUCCUGAGCUAUCUACUAAGGCAUGCAUGUUAUUACAUAGUAUCACAUCGCACAGUAAUUGUCUUCUGCUUUUUUUGUAUAGUUGGUUAAUGUGGGUUGGUCAAUCUUGGCAAAAAUAAGUUGGUAAGGAGGAGAUUAGACUUAACCCAAUAUUUUUGGGGUCAAGUCUCACAGAUAUCCUGGGGUUGAGCAGACUAUUCGCAGUGUGAAUGAUGUGUAAUAAUUGCCAUACUUCUUCAUUAUACUGAAAUAAAGGGAAAAUGCUGUCAUUGAGAAUGGGUACAUAGGCCACAUGCAGUAGGUGUUUAGUUCCUUGGUUUGCUCUAACUGUGGUGAUAAUAUUUCCCAUUCUGAACUUGGAUGGAGCAAAUAGGUACUUGGUAAUAAUCUCAAAUGGAGAAUUUUUGGGAGGUAAUUGAUUAGCUGUUAGAGAUGUACCGUUGUGUAGUGGACACAGCAACACAUAGGGGUGGGGGAGGCCUACUAUUCCUUAAUUGUUUCCCAAAGUGGUCCCCUUCACCCCUCAAAAAUCAAAAGAAAAAAGAUUAUGAGGGAGAAAUGUAUAUAGAGUUUCUGAACCCUCCCUCCUUAAUAUCUUGCAUCCACCCUUGCUUACUCAUCUUUAGUACUUUUUUUGGCCUGUUGUUUCUUUGUAUUGUACUAUUAUGAACAUUUAAUUCAAUUAAAUAUAUGUUUAUUAAGAUUAAUUUAACAAGUGUUCAUUAUGGUGUUUGUAAAAUGACAGUGUAUGAUCAGGUAACAAAGCAUGUACACCUGCAACAAUGCUUACAAGUCUUGAUUUAUCCAAAUUAUUCAGGGUUUGGGUUUGAAUUAAAUAUUAUAUGUAGACAGGUACUAGUCUGGUUUUUAGUUGUUUGUCUUGUUUUGAAAUCUUGCAAACUGGUUUACAUACAAAUUUUGCAUUCAAGCACUUGUCACCAGCGCUGCUGUCACAAUGGAGUAGUGAUUCAGUCAUGUUAUUGUAAUAAAUUUAAGAAUUGUGUUCAUUUGCUGUGUUAACUUGAUUAGGUGACAGAAGCACAUACAUUAUUCCAAUUUCUGCAAAAAAAUUAUGGUAUAGACUAUAGUGACUAUACUCUGUUAUCUAAUGUGGGCUUAUGUAUCUUUGAUUUUGUUGAUGAGUUAAAACUUGUGACUGUAGAAAAUUGUUAAUUUGAUACUGGAGGACUACCUUUCAGAGGCAGCGGAAUGUUUUUGAAAGUGAGGGCAUGGGGCAAAAAAUCACAAUCAGAUUGCAAUUUUUAUGUUUUUUGUACACAUUUAUAAAAUAUUUAUAAAAGGGCUGGGCUGAGGCAACCUAUCCCCCUAGAAUUCCGCGGCCCCUGUCUUUAUAGUCUAAAUCAGCUUCUUCCAAAUACAUAUGAAAUGAUUUAUACUAGAUCUGAUAAGCAAUCAGAAUCCAUUCUAUAUUUUCAGAUACUGUAAUGUAUUAACCAUUCAUGUUUAUGUUUUAAGUAUGAGCAAAAUAAUGAAAAGUUAAUUAUCACGUACAACAGAAUUGUGUUAAACAGCUUGAAAAUGUAAGCCAAGUUAUAAACUAUGUGGAGAGAAGUUUCCUAGUAAAAUCUAGAUGAAUCAAUCUUCACAUGAUUUAUGUUAACAAAUUAUACAAGUAUAUCAGUGAAGUGAAUAAUUUUGAUUAUUUUGAUUGAUUAUCAAUUUUUUUCUUCAAAGAAUAUACUGAAAAAGAGCUUUAUUUAAUGAUCUACAGCAUAAGUAUGAUUCUAUUCAUCAAUUAUUAUUCGCAUAAUAGAACCCUAAAUAAGAAAUGAUUCAUAUAAGCCUUUUUUUAAAUAUUAAGAUUCCUGCAGGGAAGAUGUUCAUGUCACUAUUUGUUACCAACAUGCAAUUGGCAGUGAAGGUCAUGGGGGAGGGGUGAUCCACCCUUUUUUAUCCCCUGGCUGCUACAUAGGUAAAACAAAAUUGUUUAAAAAAACCCCCAGAUUUUAGGGUAUUUGAAAUAAGCAGUCAGAUAUGCAUUAUAUUUGAUAAGAUAAUGUUUUGCUAUGUAAUAUAUGCAACCUCAAAGGUAAUGCGUAUUUUGAAUAAAGUAUACUAUCAAUCUAAUCAUUUUA